AACUCAUUCUCACAUCUUGUCUCGAGGAUAAUCUCGUUGCACAAAAAUGGCUACCCCUUCAGAACCAGCACCGACCAAUUGUAAGGUCAUGCUCUCGAAGCAUGUUGCGAAUGGCCUGCUCGCAGAAGUUUCUGAGGGUAUCAAGACCCUAGAGAAGCCGCCUCAUCUGGUCGGAUUCCUGGCGAACAAUGAUCCUGCGGCGCUGAUGUACGCGCAAUGGACCGAGAAGACAUGUCAUGAAAAUGGAUUCCGAUAUUCCCUGCGCGAAGUUCACCGUGAUAACCUUGAAGAAGCAAUCCUGGCCGCAAAUGUCGACCCUGACGUCGACGGCAUCAUCGUCUAUUACCCCAUAUUCAACAACCGUCAAGACCAAUACCUGCAGCAAAUUGUGGACGUGUCCAAGGAUGUGGAGGGUCUCAGCCAUCGUUACAUUUUCAACAUGUACCAGAACAUCCGCUUCCUCGACCCGGAGACCAAGCGCCAGAAAUGCAUUUUGCCCUGCACGCCUCUCGCAAUCGUCAAGAUUCUGGAGCACCUAAACAUUUACAACACAGUUCUGCCGUAUGGUAACAGGCUACAUGGUCAUACUAUCUGCGUUGUUAACCGCUCUGAGGUUGUGGGCCGGCCGCUUGCUGCGUUGUUGGCGAAUGAUGGUGCCUGCGUGUAUAGCGUCGAUAUCACUGGUAUCCAGAAGUUCUAUCGGGGAACGGGUCUGAAGUUGGGCAGACAUGAGGUUGAGGAUGUAGAGGGAAAGGAGCUGAAGGAUAUUGUCCCGCUGUGUGAUACCGUUAUCUCUGGUGUCCCUGGGGACAAGUACAAGUUCGACACUAGCUUGCUGCGAGACGGUGCCGUGUGUAUCAAUUUUUCAAGCGAGAAGAACUUUGGUCCUGAAGUUAAGCAAAAAGCCUCCAUCUUCGUGCCCUCAAUCGGGAAGGUGACUAUCGUCGUUUUGCUCCGGAACUUGCUGAGACUCAUUCAGAACAAGAGAAUGGACGACAUUAAGCCUGCUGCUGCUACCGAGCGUCCUGGCACUCUGGAGGCUGCUUCAUAGAAAGUGGUGUCGGUCAAAAGAUGUUAUCAAGCGCAUGGAGAUAAGAUUUCCCUUGUUCAAACGUUAAACUUGCUUUUUUUUUUGUCUGCCUUAUAUAGACUCUGCUUAUCAUCUCAAAAUCUUAUGAUAGAGCGCAAUGGGAAGUGAAGGGCCGCUAAUGGUGAAGUCAACGGCUC